CUGGGUAAUUGGCCUUUUGCUUCUUACACCGCUAUCCAAAAUGGCAUCUCUAGAAGAAGGAAGUCAUAACAGCUCCGCGGGUUUCCUUUAGCCUGGAUAUUCAACAUUGCUGAGGAUUGUCAAGCUACCUCACGAUAUUCUUGAAGCAUUCGCCAAGCCCCGUCAUACGCCUACGAGCUUCAAUGAUCACCGCUGUAGCUGGCACAAAGCCACUUCAUCCACCUGUUCUGCAACAACUCCACAUGCAAGAUUCACUCCAUCCACCACUCAGUACUACAUUUACGAGAAUAAGGCCAGCCGCCAUCAAACCAUCCUUCCUGAAAAUUUGUUCAGUCGGCAACCACACUACCUGGAGCUAGGAAAACCAUUCAGUAGGCGAAAGGCGGCUUCUGUAGCUAUUGUGUCAUACUUAAUUCUUAGUCAAUUUACUUUCCUUAUUCUCAAGUUGAUCCAGUGAUCUCAUCUGCCUUUGCCAAAGAUAGGAUUUGAACAAAUCCAGUUUAGCUUUGUGUUUGUCCUGGGUUUUCAGAGCUUCGAGACGUGUUUUAGAGACUAGGUCUCCUUAGUUUAAUGCGUGGGCGUUGUCUGGCCAUUUAAGAGUUCUUUGGAAGUGCUGAUGAUCAUAGCAAGGAGGUAACUCAUACCGUGCUUUAAAAGAGUGUGUUCCAAACCGGGCGAGACGAAUGUGUGAACAGUGGAAUUGCGUGCUGAAUAGAAGAAGUUCAGUUGGUUGCCUGUACCACAGGACAGAUGAGACUCUUUCAAACCUCCAACAAGGUGAAUCAUUUCUUGUGAUGACACCUUAACUCUGUUGAAAGCCAUAUUGUCCGAAUUCAUCCACAACAAAUUGCUAUUAGUGGCAAUUCAAUACACUUCGAUCCGUCACCAUGGAGUUUGAUUUCGAUCUAACCACAAUCUUCCCUACGGAUAUCGUCAAAAUUGGCCUUGACAUGCUCCCCGUCAACCUUGACCGAACGGCUACCCAUUACAAGAAUCUCAGUCUUAUUCAACAAAGAAUUAGUCAUGUGGUGGACAGUAUGGGCAAUGCUUCGGCCAGGGCCCAAGACCUCAAACAAGCCAUCACAUCAGCCUCUAAAGUGCGGGCUCAUUCGGGUGAGCACACCGUCUAUCUUUUGAUUGACCGUGUGGCGGAACACGGUCUGGGAAGUGUGGUGGGUCUUCUAAAGGUUGGCAAGAAGAACUUGUUCUUGAUGGAUCGACAAGGAAUGCAGAACGAAGUGUAUUCCAUGUGCAUCCUGGACUUUUACGUCCACGAAUCUCGCCAAAGAUCCGGCUGUGGUCGAGCGCUCUUUGAAUACAUGCUCAAAGAUCAGGAGAUGGGCCCGCAGUUCAUGGCCAUUGAUCGACCUUCUCCCAAGCUCUUAGCUUUUCUUGCCAAGUAUUACGACCUGUCCAACCCGAUUCCGCAGGUGAACAACUAUGUGAUAUUCGAUGGGUUCUUUAACAACAACAACAAGGAGUGCAGCCCUGGGCCCAAACGUGCCCGAAUUUACAUGGGCAAGCUUCAAUACGUCUAAAACAUGAUGAACAGAGCAAUUUGCACCGUGCUCUUACAGAUGAAGGACUCCUGACGAUGAUUUGGCAAUCAAUCUUCGCCCUCUGGAUCUUGCCACAUUCUUGAAUGACUAGUCAUGGUGGACAACUGCUUGGCAAAAAUUCUCUUACUCCGUGCUUUACAUGUACUCACACAUCUUAACUAGACUACUUACAACAACAUUCUCUGUGUUCCUUACCCAUGUCAUCUAUCCCGUUUGCUUUGGAGAGAAUAUUUAUUAAACUUAAAACAACACUGGA